UAGAAUUUUAGUUUCUUUCUCUGAACUACUCUGAACUACGCCCUCCCCAGGUAUGGAUGUGGUCCAAGGCCAAGUUUGUGAACCGCAAAUUCCUGAUGGAAGAGGUUUAUCAGCAGCAUCAGGCUGAGCAGAGUGAAAUCAAUAGAGUAGAGGGGCUGUCUGCCGCUGCGUUACCCAGAGAUAAGGACCCCUUCUGGGAUCCAGUGGAGCCUCUGCUCCUGGGCACCGCUCACCUCUGGCUUCAGUCUCUGGCCUUCCGCAUCCCUCUGGAGGAGCAGCUGGAGGUGCUGGGGUCAGAGGGCACAGAGGAGGCCAUUCUACAAGCUCAGCUGGUUCCCUGCAACUCCACUGGACUGUAUGAGAUGCACACAUACACACACACGCACACACGACAGAGGAAAUUACAUCAUUGACUAACAAUGAUUUCCUGGAGAUUUACUGAAGCUUUAACCAAACUUUCUACUUGAUGAACCCCAAUCCUUACCUUAACCUACACCUAACCAAACCUAACCUUAACCUAAUCUUAACCUAACCUUAAAACAUGUCUACCCUUUAACAUUUACAUUUUGGGGCUUUGUGUUCCCAUAAGGCAAACAAGUCCCCAUAAUGUGACUGUGUGAACAGUUUUAGGUCCCCACAACAUGUGUAAUACCUGGACCCCACACACAAACACACAGUAAGUUGUCAUUAUUAGUAUAUAACCAUUUAUUUAUUUAUCUUGUGUUCCAGCCCACUCGGUGAAGACGACAUCCUGAUCGAUCCGUCUGAGCUACUGGGACGACGACUGGACUUCCAGCUGGUCCUGGAACA